GCCCAUCUAAGACCCCUAGAGUUGAAAUUAGAGACUUUAAUAUAUCUAAUUUGGAGCGUGAUCCUGGACUUCGAAAAUUAAUUUGGGAUUACAAUCCUAAUGAACAAGAAGAGGUUCGCCGAGCUUAUAUUCAAUUUGGGCCAUAUCAACCCAUUCCCCCAAAUCUUCUAAUUAUGUUGAUAAGAAUGGACGACGAUUUCUUCCAUCUUGGUAUAAGUUAUUUCCAGAUUGGCUAGAGUUUUCACCCAGCAAGAAUGCUGCUUAUUGUUUACCAUGCUUUCUAUUCAAUAAGCCAUUUGGUCGUCAUGGGAGCACUUUUACUGUUGAGGGGUUCCGGUCAUGGAAGAAAGUUAAUGAAGGAUCUCAAUGCCCUUUUCUUAAUCACAUGGGAAUGCUCCAAGAAACGCGUCAUACACUUCUCCAAGUGUUCAAAAAGAGAUUCUUUCUGUUUUGGCAACUAAGGUCCAACACUAUAUUCGAGAAGAGAUUGGCGAUUCAAAGUUCUGCAUACUAGUUGAUGAAGCUCGUGAUGAGUCCAAGAGAGAGCAAAUGGCGAUUGUAUUGAGAUUCGUUGAUAAAGAAGGCUUCAUUCGUGAAAGAUUUUUUGAUAUAGUUCAUGUUAAAGAGACUACAUCAUUAGCUGUGGAGAAAGGAAUUUCAGAAGUUCUAUCUCGUUAUUGUCUUAGUGUGGCGAAUAUUCGAGGACAAGGAUACGACGGAGCAAGCAAUAUGCGUGGUGAAUGGAAUGGUUUGCAGGCCUUAUUUUUACAAAAGUCUCCAUUUGCCUAUUAUGUUCAUUGUCUUGCUCACCGGCUUCAAUUAACAUUGGUUGCUACUUCCAAAGAGGAUUGAUCAACUGAGAGACUUUGAGUCAUUACAUAUUGAGGAGAUGAUCACAAACGGUGAUAUUGAAACUGGUAAGGGGAAAAACCAAGUUGGCACUCUCCAACGUCCGGGAGAUACUCGUUGGGGUUCCCAUUUAACCUCACUUCGCAGUUUGGUAAGGAUGUUUAAUUCUACUUGUGAUGUGUUGCGAGACAUAAUUAAAUCUGGGAGCAUGACACAGAGGAGUGAAGCUGAUGGAGUGUAUGAUGUGAUAACAUCUUUUGAGUUUGUGUUUAUUUUACAUCUCAUGAUUGAUGUGCUUGCAGUGACAGAUGAUUUGUCUCAAGCCUUGCAGCGUAAAUCUCAAGAUAUACUGAAUGCAAUGCAUUUAGUGUCAUCAACAAAAGAGCUUCUCCAAAAAAUGAGAGAACAUGGAUGGGAUCUCUUACUUGAGAAAGUGAAGUUAUUCUGUUCUCAACAUGGAAUAGAAAUUCCAAAUUUCAGUGCUGCAUACAAAGCUGGGCGAGGUCGACCCCGCCAUCAAAGAAACAACAAAGAUUGUCUUACAUUGGAGCAUCACUAUAAGUUUGAUAUAUUUAACUCUGUUGUGGAUAAGCUUAUGCUAGAACUGAAUUAUCGCUUCAAGGAUGAUGUUGUAGAGUUACUUGUUCUGAGUUCUGCUUUGGAUCCAAGAGAUGAUUAUAAGUCUUUUCAGGUUGAAGAUAUAUGCAAACUUGUGAACAAGUUUUAUCCUGAUGAUUUCUCUACAAUGGAAAAGGAACACUUGAGGAUUCAGCUGGAGCAUUUCAAAUUUGAUGCUCAACAAAAUCUAGAGUUGAAGAAAGCAUCAACACUAGCGGAAUUGUGUGAAUUAAUGACGAAGACUCGGAAGUCAACCAUUUAUCCUCUUGUUGAUAGGAUAAUCCGUCUCUUACUAACUCUUCCAGUUUCAACGGCAACCACAGAAAGAGCAUUUUCAGCCAUGAAAAUUGUGAAGACUUGCCUCCGAAAUAAAAUGGAGGAUGACUUUCUUUCAAGCUACCUGGUGACAUAUAUAGAGAGAGACAUAGCUCGGGGGUUUUCAACAGAUUCUAUCAUUGAUGACUUUGAUCUUUUAAAAAAUCGUAGAGUGCAAUUUAGAAUGCCUAACUUUCAUACGUAGAAGGGGUUGAAUGAAAAUUCCUAUUUUGUUGUUUUUUGCUGAAGUUAUGUGAAAUAUUAUGCAUUUGGUAAUCUAAACAUUU